AAUGGAGGAAACCGAGCUGGACGUCGGCUCGGCUAGCGACGAGAUCGAGUCCGUCGAACCGGCGCGAAUAAGGCCGGUACCGAGACCUUUUACGAUCGAGAGCCUGAUCGGCAAUAAUUACUGUAAAAGUGAUCUGGAUCAGAGCGUCGGGGGCGGUAUUUGUCAGAUUAAAAACCGAGGCGGAUCGGAGAGCAACGGCGGCGUUGCGAUUAAUCGAUCGGGUAAUCAGGAGGACCUCGAGGGCAGAGAAAGGGAAAUCAUGUAUCAGCAGCACUGCCUCGCGACGGCCACGAACGCCCUGCCAGGAUUCGCGAUGCCGUUGAGUUUGUACGGCGCUUGGCUGCCGAUGCGAAUGUACGGCGGCGGAGCCUCGGGGAGUUCGAUAGGAUUGCCGCCGCACCUUACGGGGACAACAUUUUCCUCCCAGCCGAGCCACCAGAGCCAGCAGCUGGCCAAUCUGAACCUGAGCCUGAACCAUCUGCAGGCCGGAGGUGGAUUCCCUAGUCAACACGUCAAUCAACCGGGACGAGUCCUGACCGACGAGAGCGAGGAUGACAGGAGCCUUUCCCCGGCAUCCCCGGUCCACGACCUCUCAAAGUCCCAGCUCGAAUCGGAGAGCGGCCGAGUGUCGGCGGAUAGCGAGGACGAUUCAAUGGGAAACGAGGUUGGAGGAAACGGUUCCGGAGAGCGAGGAAGCGGAAGCGGAGGAUCGGGGGGAGGCGGCGGAAGCGGCAGCAAAGCGCGGCGUCGAAGAACGGCGUUCACCUCGGAACAGCUUUUGGAGCUUGAGCGUGAAUUCCACGCGAAAAAGUACCUCAGCCUUACGGAACGUUCGCACAUCGCUCACGCCCUGAAGCUCUCCGAGGUCCAGGUGAAAAUUUGGUUCCAGAACCGGCGCGCAAAGUGGAAGAGGGUCAAGGCUGGCCUAACUACGAGCGGCGCAGGUUCCGCGGGCCGGAACUCGGCCGGUCAGCACGCCGGAAACGGGCCCCGAAUCGUCGUUCCGAUCCCGGUGCACGUCAGCCGACUCGCCGUCCGAUCGCACCAUCAUCACAUGGAGAAGUGUUCGCAGCCGGCGACGCCGGGAUCGGCCGGCGGCCUCGGUCCGAGCCUCGCGAAUUGCCUCAACGCGAAUAUUCAGGCCCCGGGGGGACCGCUCGGCGGACUUCGUAGGGUCUUUUCGGCCAGCCAACACGGCGAGCCGUCGGCAAGGUAGUCGCGGAAAAUGUCGUUACCGACGUUACAGGUGCGUUUUUUCCCGAUAUUUCGACGCAAAGGAAGAAGAAAGAAAAAGGUGUAUACCUACCACGGUUAUCCCAUUUUUUUCCUUCGUAUUGUUACAAUCCGGUAGACUAGCGAUACCGGUUCUGGAGAGAGAUUCCCUUACCGACAUAUUACCGACCCUCAGCCGAGACGCAAACCUUUUAUCUAAAAUGAUCGAGGGUCGGACGUAUCCCUCGGAGCAGAACCGGUAUUGCUCUUCUACUGAAUCUGCGGAGAGGAAUAACUGAGAAGCCGAUUAUAAUUUAUAGCUUUCCGACUUAUCGUACAAUUGAAUCAUGGCCAAUUAAUAAUAGCGUUGUGCCAAUUAAUCGAUCGUACGAUCGUGUAUAGGUUUUUUUAUUCUCAUUUUACAAAUGCAAAUCCUUUAACGCAAGGCGUUGUUCCGUUGUACAGACACUCUCAAAUUAUCGUGCGUACAGUAUCAUGUGUACGUGUAUAUAACCCUUGUACAUAUCUCGGUGGACAAUACUACAAUUUCUUAUAAUUAUAUAUAUAUACAUAUAUUACUGUAGAAAAAGAAAAAUCCCGGUACAAUAAUAAAAAAUAAAUUUACAUCCGCGACGAUAUAAUAAAUAUUACGAUAAAUGAUAACUCGUCUCGCGAAAAUAUGUAAUAAAAUUGGUACGAUCAAACUUGUUGCGCAAUUAUUACGAUUAUUAUAAUGUAUAUAAAGAAUGAUGUUUGUUGCACGAUAUAAACAGAAAUUUUUGUCAACUACAGUCUGAGAUAAAUUUGUUUGUAAACCUAUAAUGCGGUGAAUUCAACGACGAAAAUGAUUAUCUGCUUGCAGCGAGUUGAAUGUAACAGGGAUUGAAAAAAUGUCUUUCUAUAAUCGCUGAGAAUUUACAGCGUGGAAAGCUUUAGGUACAACACAUUACCAAGAGACGGAUUAAUUUACCUCUAUCAUACACGUACGAUAUUGUACGCGAGCCCGUCUGAAGUUAAUUAAAUAAACAAAGUAUGUAUAUUAUACAUAUAAUAUAAUCCGAACAUUGUAUAUUAAAGGUACUAUUGUUACCUCAAAGGUAUUAGACGAUGAUGAACAAAGGGAAGAACAUGAAUAUAUUCAAAGGAAGACACACCCAAAGAUCGGUGUCCGAUAUAAUCUCUCCGCGCGGUAAGAGGAUUUAGAAAAAAACCAAUUUAGAUUCGACGCGAGCUGGAGAAAAGAGAACUUAUAUAUAUAU